CGUUGGGCGGGGCGCGCUCCCCACGUCCGAGCUGGAAGGGCAGCUGGGAGGAUACGUCCCCCUUGUGGGUCUUUGUAGCAGCCUGACACACCCCUUCCUCCUCUCCGCAGCCCCGACUUGGCGCUCUGGGCUUUGGGCGCAUGUUACACGGGGGAAACUGAGGCUCGGAGUACGACAGUCAGCCAAGGUCACUCCCGCCCAGGGCAGGGAAGGGGUGGGGGCCGGGGGCCGGCUGAGCGUGCGGGAUCCCUGGUGCCUGCUGUCCACAGGAUCCCAGCAUGGCGGCGGCGUUGAUGGAGUUGGCGCAGAUCUCUGUGACCUUUGAGGAUGUGGCUGUGACGUUCACUCAGGAGGAGUGGGGGCAGCUGGAUCUGAGCCAGAGGACCUUGUACCAGGAGGUGAUGCUGGAAACCUGUGGGCUUCUGGUCUCUCUGGGCUAUCCCGUGUCCAAACCAGAGCUGAUCUACCAGCUGGGGCAUAGGCAGGACUUAUGCACAGUGAAGAAAGACCUCUCCCAAAGCCCCUGUUCAGGUGACAGUGCAAAACCCAAGACCAGAGAGCCUACACCUUCUCACUUGGCCUUGCCUAAGGAAGUCUCACUCCAGGAACGACUGACACAGGGAGCCUCAAAGCACUCCCAGAUGGGGCAAGCCAAGGAUCAGGAUGGGCCAUCUGAAAUGCAGAAAGGCCACUUGAGACCAGGGAUAGACCCCCAGAAGGAGAAGCUCCCUGAAAAAAUGAGCCCUGAACAUGUUGGUUUGCGGACAGCUGUGUGUUCAAGGAAUAUACAGGAGCAAUGUCCUCCAGAAGAUGCUCUUUAUGACUGUGACUCACAUGGACCAGUAACAGAUCCCCUGAUUUAUGAAUGGAAAAAUUCCUAUGAAUGCGAGGAAUGCGGGAAAGUGUUUAGCAAGAAUUGCCUCCUUGUGCAACAUGAACAGAUUCACACUCGCAUGAAACCAUAUGAAUGCACAGAGUGUGGGAAAACCUUUAGCAAGAGCACACACCUCCUUCAGCACCACAUCAUCCAUACUGGGGAGAAGCCUUAUGAGUGCAUGGAGUGUGGGAAGGCCUUCAACCGCAGGUCACACCUCACACGGCACCAGCGGAUUCACACUGGGGAGAAGCCUUAUAAGUGCAGUGAAUGUGGAAAGGCCUUCACCCACCGUUCUACUUUUGUCUUGCAUAACAGGAGCCACACUGGAGAAAAACCCUUUGUGUGCAAAGAAUGUGGCAAAGCCUUUCGAGAUAGGCCAGGUUUCAUUCGACACUAUAUCAUCCAUACUGGAGAGAAGCCCUAUGAGUGUAGUGAGUGUGGGAAGGCCUUCAACCGCCGGUCAUACCUCACAUGGCACCAACAGAUUCACACUGGAGUGAAGCCCUUUGAAUGCAAUGAAUGUGGGAAAGCCUUUUGUGAGAGUGCAGACCUCAUUCAACACUACAUCAUCCACACCGGAGAGAAGCCUUAUAAGUGCAUGGAGUGUGGGAAGGCCUUCAACCGCAGGUCACACCUCAAGCAGCACCAGCGGAUUCACACCGGGGAGAAGCCUUAUGUGUGCAGUGAAUGUGGAAAGGCCUUCACUCACUACUCCACUUUUAUCUUGCAUAAAAGGGCACACACUGGAGAAAAACCCUAUGAAUGCAAACAGUGUGGGAAAGCCUUUAGUGAUAGGGCUGACCUUAUUCGACACUUUAGCAUCCACACUGGAGAGAAACCCUAUGAGUGCAUGGAGUGUAGGAAGGCCUUCAACCGCCGGUCGCACCUCACAAGGCACCAGCAGAUUCACACUGGAGAGAAGCCCUAUGAAUGCAUCGAGUGUGGGAAAGCCUUUUGCAGGAGUGCAAACCUCAUUCGCCAUUCUAUCAUCCACACUGGAGAGAAGCCCUAUGAGUGCAGUGAAUGUGGAAAGGCCUUCAAUCGCAGCUCAUCACUCACUCAUCAUCAAAGGAUUCAUAAGGAGAAACCCUACCAGUUUAACAGAUGUGGGAAGACCUUGUACAAAUGGACAAACCUCAGUCAAUAUCCAAGAACUAAUAGGGAAAGAUUUUUUUAAUGUAACCACUGAAGAAAAUCUGUGCUCAGAGGAAACAUCUUACUCAACAUCUGGCCACUCAUGCCAAAAAGAAAUCCCAUAAGC